AUGGGGCUGCCGGACUCUGCAUCAGCCCGGAUCCUGAACCAGCCAAGCAUGUUACCCCUCACUCCCACCCUCCGGAACCCAUCUGAGGCCAGUUACCCCUCACUCCCACCCCUCCGGAACCGAUCUGAGGCCAGUUACCCCUCACUCCCACCCCUCCGGAACCCAUCUGAGGCCAGUUACCCCACACUUCCACCCCUCCGGAACCCAUCUGAGGCCAGUUACCCCACACUCCCACCCCUCCGGAACCCAUCUGAGGCCAGUUACCCCUCACUCCCACCCUCCGGAACCCAUCUGAGGCCAGUUACCCUCACUCCCACCCUCCGGAACCCAUCUGAGGCCAGUUACCUCUCACUCCCACCCUCCUGA